AUGGCGCCUAAGAAAACGAACCCAAAAGUUAAAACGGUGUUGUGGAGAAUGUAUAAUCAGGGGACGCAGACGUUGGUUAUAAGGAAUCUGACGACGAGUAGUCAUUUGCAGGGGAUGUGUUCAAUGUUUGACAAUGGAAGCUGUAAAGCACUGGUCAUAAACCAUUCGCUGUACCCUGAGGUCGUGCUGGACAUUUUGGCAGAGGCGGCCAAGUCGAGGAACAAGCUGACAGAUUUAUACGUGGACGCCUGGAACAUUGAUUUCGAGAGGUUCAUUCCCCUGCUGCGUGAGUGUAUUGUCGCACACGAGGAGUCUCUGGAAGCUUUGACGGUCAAAUGUCGCAUGCCCUUGUACUAUAUGACGAUGAUGUUUGAUUUUAUUCCAACAACGCUGAAAACGUUGGAUUUGUCAGAUAAUGACAUUGCCGAGCCCGCCUUUGUUAGUAUCCUUACUGAGUAUAUUCGCAGUAGUGACCUGGAGUUAGUAAGACUGAUCAACUCUAAGUUAAAGGCAGAUUUGAUCAACGAGUUGGUGAAGCUAAUUCUUGACAUAGAAAACCCGUUUCCCCUGAAGAAAAUUGAUGGUGUUGACUUUAGUAUGUGCGACGAAAUACCCAAGUGCGUAAGGCAGUCUAUGACGGAGUCGCUGAAGUUUGCCAGAAAACACCAAAUGAGUUACAAGGACUACUCGACCAUUGAUAACAAUGAAGUCUCGAGUCACUUUAUGGAUUACGUGAGGAACGUAAUGUUCAUGAAGAGGAUGGUUGGAAUGGAGGUUAGAGUAUGGUGGCCAGCGACGAAGGACGACAAUAGAACGUCGUUCGCAGGAAGAUUGUGGCCAGCAAAAAUAAUAAUGGCAAACCCAGUAGACCUGGUGUUCGUAGUGAAGUACGACAACGAAGACAUAGACCAUGUGCCAUGUAAGCACGUUCAGCCAAAAAGCCCAUUUAAGUACGGCGGAGGCUUGGACCGUAACUACCUGUAUUAUUUAACGGGCCCAGGAGGGAUCACAAGUAGAUGUGUAAACCUGAGAAAGGAGCUGGAUCGAAACAUCAGUAGAGUGAGAUAUAUCAGUACUGAAAGAGUACAGAUAAGUCAUCACCCUUGCAAAAAUAACGGUGUAGAGACGGAAACGAAUGAGGUGCUGAAGACGCCAGAAAACACGAAAGCAAUGGACAGCGCACACUCAAAUUCGACUAAGGGUGGCAGUACCAGCUUCUCGUCGAGGUACGAAAACGAAUUCUUGUGCAUAAACUGCGGAUUCGUAAACAACAUUGACGUGUGUAUGAGAUCAGAGGUUGAUUUGGACACCGUGGAGAGUGUGCUGGGCCUUGAAGAAAAGUACAAAGGUAACCUCUUGGUCCCAGGAGAGUUCUGCGAAUUCAGAGACCCGCUGGACCAGUUUAGAAAUGACCCCUCAGACUACAUGGGAGUGGUGACAAAGGUAAACGAAAGUGAGCCCUUGUACGAGUGUGUGUGCAUAUACCAGGACAACGAGGAGGUGAUAUCAGUGCAUAGCAAGGACAUUAGAAGGACAGUGGUGGUCCCAUGGUACAACUGGGUAGAAAUGGCAUUUAAACUGCUGCUGGAAAGAAGAAAAGUCUUUGAAAAAUUAAAGCAGAGUUCACAGGAAAGGACGCCCGCUAAAAGGUAUCAGGAGCAUUCACUGAAAACCGCGCCGAGCGACGAACCAGUUGAAAACGGACUUGAAGAAUACAAUAUUCUUAACAGGAAUUUUUACUAUCUUUCUCCAAUUGAGAUUGAAGACCUGAAAGAAUAUGUUCCGCCAAAUCCUCUAGAAAUGAAGCUGGUCACUUUGAAUAGAUACGCAAGCUUGGUGUCAAGUAAGAUCACAAGUCAUCCAAGACUACAAGGUAUUUUCAGACAUACCACAAAUAAUCAAAUGGAUCCUAUCAGUCUGAAGCUUAAGUCACUUACUGAGUUCAAUGAAAUACUUCAAAUGGAGUUACAAAACGAGCGUGAUAAAAACAUAGAACUGCAAUCUAAAUUUAAAUGUAUAGUGUGCUUUGACACAGAAAUAAACUGUGUUCUCGACCCGUGUACACACUUCAGUUUCUGUUACGAGUAA